UGUCUGGCAGGCCGGUCAAAAAGUGCAAGAGAGUUCCUUGUAACACAUUUCCGUGUUGGUUUCACAGCGCACUCUCGCCGACCGAACGGCUAUGGUUUUGUGAAAUGUUUGGACUUUUCGGACAAAAGCAGUGUAUCAAAACAAGAGAAAGACCGAUUUUGCUGCUUUUUACAUGCGGGUUAUUUCAUUCAUUUUCAUUACCAAUGCGGCAACCAAAGCGGUGUCAUUUCCGGAUUUUCCUGGCGAUGCCUUAAAAAUAGCAGAUUGUAAUCUUGGUGAAUGCUAGGCUGAGGCUCACGCUGCUGUACUAAUUUUCUUAUGUAGUAUGAUAGUAUCAUAGACUAAUAUAUUUAGAAAGCAUUGGCAUUUAAACAAGUAUAGCUGGCAAGAAACAAAACAAACAUGAAACGAUGGAGGGAUUUCAGUACGUUACUUUCCUUCACCCAACUGUGGUUACCCUUCAGGCGUUUACAGGUCAGGUUGUGCUGUAAUUCGAAUGAAAGGAGGCAAACAUUGAAGACUCAAAUGUCCUCCGGUCCAAGCUUUCAUGAUUUCGUCAGAGGAGUCACAAGUCGGAAGAAAACUGCCGCAGACAGAGACUGCAAACACCAGUAUCUUUCUGACGACGUGGAGAUGGGGAAUUCUCGAAAAGUUUAUUUUGAAACAUACGGAUGCCAAAUGAAUGUAAAUGACACAGAGAUCGCCUGGUCCAUACUACACGACAAGGGUUAUCAGCGCACUGCACAUUUAAACGAGGCAGAUGUUGUCCUCCUUGUAACAUGCUCCAUAAGAGAAAAAGCUGAACAAACGAUCUGGAACAGAUUGCAACAACUGACAGCCAUGAAGAAGAAACGCAUGAAGAGUCGCACACCAAUGAAAAUUGGGAUUUUAGGUUGUAUGGCAGAGAGAUUGAAGACGGAACUUUUGGAGCGAGAGAAGCUCGUAGAUGUUCUCGCUGGGCCAGACGCCUACCGCGAUCUUCCCCGCCUGUUGACUGUGGCCGAGGGAGGUCAACAGGCAAGCAACCUGCUGCUUUCGUUCGAGGAAACCUACGCUGACGUCAUGCCUGUCCACCACUCUCCGCAGGGGCACAGCGCCUUUGUGUCCAUCAUGCGGGGAUGUGACAACAUGUGCAGUUACUGCAUCGUUCCCUUCACCCGCGGCCGCGAGAGGAGUCGACCUGUCAGCUCUGUUCUUGAGGAAGUGCGUAUGCUGUCAGACCAGGGAGUGAAGGAGGUGACGUUGCUGGGCCAGAAUGUGAACAGCUACCGAGACACAUCGGAAGAGCAGUUCUGCGGUGCGAUUCCCACCAAGCUGAGCCGCGGCUUUAAGACGGUGUACCGCGCUAAACAGGGAGGUCUGCGUUUCUCUGACCUGCUGGACAGAAUAUCCCAGGUCGAUCCCGAUAUGAGGAUCAGGUUCACAUCACCCCAUCCCAAGGACUUCCCAGAUGAGGUUUUGCAUUUGAUUGCAGAGAGAGGAAACAUUUGUAAACAGAUCCAUCUUCCUGCUCAGAGCGGCAGCAGUCGGGUCUUGGAAGCGAUGCGUCGCGGCUAUACAAGAGAGGCGUAUCUGGAGCUGGUACAGAACAUCAGGAGUAUCAUUCCAGAGGUGAGUCUCAGCAGUGACUUCAUCUCGGGCUUCUGCGGUGAGACGGAGGAAGACCACCAGCAGACGCUGUCCCUCAUCAGAGAUGUGGGCUACAACAUCGGGUUCCUCUUUGCCUACAGUAUGAGAAAGAAAACCCAGGCUUUCCAUUCCCUCCAAGAUGAUGUUCCAGCAGCGGUGAAGCAGGCCAGGCUGGGGGCGUGUAUCAGUGUGUUCAGACAGGAAGCUGCAAGGAUCAACGCUGCGCUUGUCGGCAGCACACAGCUUGUUCUGGUGGAGGGGGAGAGCAAGAGAUCUGCCAAGGAGCUGUGUGGCAGAACAGAUGGCAACAUGAGAGUGAUCUUUCCCAGAGAGGAUGUGGCGCUUCAGUCUGCAGAGUCCAACACAGCGGCAGUCAACGCUGGAGACUACGUGCUGGUGAAGAUAUUGUCAUCCAGCUCACAGAGCUUGAGAGGUCAAGCCUUGUGCCACAGCUCCCUAAGAAGCCCUGUGAUGCAGCCCAAACAUCUGCUCAGGUAUCAAAGUGAUGAACAUUUGGCUACAGAACCGGCCAUGACUGCAACAUGACCAUGAGCAGCACCAACAAGGUGCGUGUUAUUGCACCCCGCCUCAUGCACAGCCAGCUGGAAUAGGCUCCAGCUCACCCGUGACAAAAUACUGAAUAAAUGGAAAAAUACAAUAUUGAGCAAAAUGUCAUUUAUUUCGAAUGCAGGCUAUCGAAUGCAGGCUAGAGAUAUUCUAAGUAUUUCUCAUCUACUUGUGGUAGUUGCUGUCAUUUCAUCAUCUACUUGUGGUAGUUGCUGGUAGUUGCUGUCAUUUCAUCAUCUAUGUGUGGUAGUUGCUGUCAUUUCAUCAUCUACUUGUGGUAGUUGCUGGUAGUUGCUGUCAUUUCAUCAUCUAUGUGUGGUAGUUGCUGUCAUUUCAUCAUCUACUUGUGGUAGUUGCUGUCAGAUUUCCUCAGUGUUGUUAUGCAGAAAAAAAAAUCCUUGGGGUUUGGAUCCACUUCUUUACUGUGUAAAGUCAAAAUCCAUCCCGAUCAGCAAAUAGUCCUGCAGGAAACAACAAGCCACCAUCACGUUGUAAUACAUGUGUCAUAAUUAAAGAUGAUUUAGCCGUGGUUCUGACCUUGAGGACCUGAAGCUUAGUGUUUGCAAGCUUCGUCUUCCUAAUGUUGGGCAUUGGGUAUCCCUCUGCCAGGUGCUCUAUGGAGCAGUUUACACAGCAGUUAUGAUGCCAUCUACUGUACGCAGUUGGAAUGACAUUCAGACAAGUCGUACCUCGCAGUACCGCGUCUCCAUUAUCACCCCCUCGCUAUAUCGCGUUUUUUCAGAAAUGAAUAGACUAUUAUUUGUCCAAACAUUGGAAUACAAGCGAUAUGUGGUGUUCUAGUCACUAGGUGGCAGUAAUGGCACAAAACAUUAGCUUGCAUUACAUUACCUAGUCUGACAUGAUCGGAAAAAUAGUUGUCCUCCCAUUCCGUGCUGAAGUGAAAGUUUUUGGCUUCUUAAAUUCAGAAGAAAAAUUUAAGGCUAACUGGUUAGCUUACUGGCUAGUGGCCACCUUGAGCCCCUGCAGCACAAGACUUCCAAUGUGGUGUAAACAAUGCGUCAUAGUUGUGUUAUUUCAUGUCUACUAGUGUUAAAUACUGUAUUUAAAUUGUCAUAAACAGGUUUUCUGUGUUCUAACUACAAAAAUAUUCCAUUUCUUGACAAUGAAUCCUAUAUCCGCAGUCGGGUCUGGAAGCAAUUGACCGCUUUAACGAGGGACGACUGAGGGGUUCCUGAGCCAGGGUGAACGGGUAGCUCCAAAUCUAUGGGGCGAAGUUCACACUGCAGGGAAUGAUGCCCAAUUCAGAUUUUUUAAUUAAAAUCCAUGAUUUUUCCGUGGUCGUUCACAUGGUCUUGCACACACGCCUUUUGAUGACGUAAGGUCGUAUAGGUUGGAUUAAUGCGACAUGACGGUUCAUACUGCUGUAGAUCGGUUACACAUCGGAUUCAUAUCUACAUACCAACGAGGCCUCAGUCGCAUUUGAAAGAAUCGGAAUUGCUGACACGCUGACAUGAAAAAGUCCAUAUGGGUCACAUAUACAAAAAAAAUCGGGAUUGUCCUGCAGUGUGAAAGCAGCCCAUAUGUGGCGUUCCAGGCUCACGUGUAACGCAACUCACCAUUCAGCGUGGGCACAACCACCACUUUCAGGACCAUUUGCAGGAUGCUGUCAAGAGAGCUGACCUGUGUGUUAGCGUCAGGUUAGUUCCUCUCGCUGCUGCUGACCAGAAAUGCUGUCUUUUGCUUCUCACGCUCACCUGGAAGUCUCCCACGUAACUUGCCACCAGGGUCACAUCCGUUCUGUGCAAAUGCAGAAAAAGGAGAAUGUGACGUGCAUCCCGACAUGGAACUUUUGGCCUCUUGGGGAAUAAUUAGACAUUUUUAUUGGAACUCACUUGUUCAAGGCAACAGCUCCAGUUAGCCUCGUGGCAUUGGCAAACACUUGGGCACUGGCAUUGGCCUCCUGUCGGAAACAAUGCUGUGAGAAAAACAAAAAUGGAACAAUUCUUUGCAAAAUGUGUCAUUGUGCAAAGUGUGCAGCAUGCCAGGUUGAGGAUAAAUAGCGGGGAGCAUGUGUCGUUGGGUUGCAUGGCGUAGGCGGUCACUGUGCUGGCGGCCUCAACAGUCACGUUGUCUGGUUCCAUAGUGAUGAUGGGAUGUUUUACCGUCUUCACCAGCAGUUCCAUCAUCAAAUCCGGGAAAUUUUGGGCAAUCUGAAAGUUGGCAUCAGGUAUUUAUUCAUCACUAUGGGCGCUCUUUUUUUUUUUUUGCGAGGUAGUCUCGUGAGGCUGGAGGUCAUGUCACCUGGGGGACGAAAGCUCCAAAUGAUGUGGUGUUGAGCCUGAUCGGGGAGCUUUUAGGGAUCUGUGGUGACGGAGCGACAGCGGUUACAGAUCAGCGUGAAGGCAUGAGUCCAAAAUGAGGUUCCGGCGCACCAUAUCGUCUUUAAUGGACAAGCUCAGGACUCCGGCCGUGUGGUACACGAAAGCUGCUGAGUUGGCGGUGAAGGCAGAAAUGCCGAUGUACACCAUUUUGUCGUUCUCUGCUGGCAGAGAAAAGACUGUAGCGGAGAACGGAGGUUCCUGAUGAUCCCCAAUGUUGUAAAAUUCCCCCUAAACAGGAGAGAUGUGGCAUGAAUAUGACUUCAUCUUCACAGCCAAACUUCAGACACGACUUUUACCUUCAAGCUGAAACCUAUGGAAAACCUUUCCACUGUGGGUGCAGCGACCAUGGAACCAUCGAUCCCUGCGUACUUGUCCACCUUUGGUAAGACUGCAGGACAGAAGACAAUGAAAGCAAGGUCAUGUGCCCUUUUAGACUGAGCAUCAUUAGGAGUUAUUAGUUUACUGUUGUGUAAAGACUAAGUACAGUCCUAAUUUUCUCCACACCCAAACCUCUGUUCCAAAGAUGAGAUCAUGGGCUGAAAAGCAAUGACACGGCCAAUCAGAUUGAACCAGAUUGCUACGAUAUCAUCCCUAAAGCCUCUUGGAUUGCUACAAUACACUGGACAGUACCGGCGUGAUCGUCCUUGGUAAUGAUUUUUUUCUGGCAUUUUGCCUCAGGGACAGCGUAUCCCAGCAUUGAUUUAAUGUCAUUGUAAUUUUCACUUAUCCAUUUUGCUAUUUUGUGCUUAUGAUCUCCAUAAUUAGGCUGGAAAACCGAUCUCAUGUACCCUAUGUUGGUAAAGUACAGUGAAUCGGCUCGAUAUUUACACCCUUAAGCGGCGUUUACACUUGCACGCAUUUUGCUUUCCCGGAAAAGCAUGAAAACUAGUUUGCGUUCUGUUUACACAUAAAUUACGCAAUUGGUGACCAAAAAUGGACUUACACCUUGUCAAGUAGUCUUUACGUCUAGUGCACGACAACAGUACAGGCGAUGCGCUUUGUUCCCGCAAUUGUCACCACUUCACGCCUUCGUGGAGCAGCUGUAGCAUCAUUUGGCAUCACCCCUUUAGCUUCAUCACAUCCUCUAUUUCCAAGGGACCUACAAGAUAUUGUAGGUCCAUAUUGUAAGUUUUCAUAGCUGUCCAUCCUUCUCCAGAGAAGGAUCUCAUGCAAAAAAGAAAGUCUACUGUAUAUUUUCUCGCAGCUGCAGAUGUGCAAAGAGCAGGAAGGAGGCAAUAAACUAGAAAAAAAGGGACAGAGUGUGGGUGGGAAACUUGCUGACUAGAAGACAUCGUUUUGGGUAUUAUGACCACUUUUUAACAUAAAAUCACAAGGAAGAUCCAAGAGGCUACAGAAGUUACUGACUUGCGCAAGAUUGCGUACCACUGCAAGUGUAAAUGAGGCUUUACUCACAUCCCAAACCAUCAGCACCCCUUCAACCCAAAUGCAUACCUCACAUGUUGCGACCGAAAAUAACAAUAACUUGACCACACGAACAAUGCGGGUAUCCAAACAGGCGAAUAUACACGCAAAACAAUAUCGUUUUACUCAUUUAUGACCCACAAGGUAUGCUUGGUAGCUUCCUGUUGGGGAAGUGUGCGUGUGGGCUUGCCACACUUGUUUUGAGCUCCAGUACUUUAGACACUACGACAUGAAGAGAAUAUGCAUUACUCUCGACAGCUUUCAACGCAGAAUUCAAGUCAGUCACUGCAUCAGCCACCAGGGGGCAGAUCUGAAAUCGUUAAAAAAAACAACACACAUUUCAAGGAAAGUCCAUUAAAUUCACUUUAGAAACUUUUUCUGAAUUGCAGACAGUAAUCAUCAGCUUAGGAUAUUCUGGACUGCAUAUUUCGGAGAUGAAGUGUUCCUUGAGGAUGGCUUUCAAAACGACUUUUAAUGUCAGUUCGUUC